CUUUGAUGCUUGUAUAGUUCUGACUGAGGGAAAAUUCCAAAGCGAUAACUCAGCCCGACAUUUGCUUGCAAGAUGGCCUCCGUUUGUACCAUCCCAGUUGUGCUCUUUGGAUUGCUUUCUAUAGCUUUCGCCGGAUCACCUUGUCCACCACGGGAAAACAUCUACCCGUGCAGCUGUGUCAGCCUCCCCCAAGGCAAGAACGUGCAAUUCACCAUCGUUACUUGCCACAAGAUGAAGGACACAGACUCUUUCGUCGCCAUUUUUUCUACCCUGAGGUCCAUGCAGAUUGAUCACUUCUACCUGUUCGAUUCCUUCUGGGAGCCAUCCCUUCUGGGCACUCCAGAGGCAGAGAACAAGCAGGUGCUGCCUGCCGAUUGGCUCACUCUCCUGAGGAUCAAGGAGUUGGAGAUCGUAGACACCACUCUCUCGUCCUGUUUCGCCUGCCAUGGAUCUCUCUCAUGCAGAAACGGUGUCACUACAAGGUUCACGGCCGUGAACAGCUCCAACUCCGAGAAAGUGUGCACCAUCUGCGGCACGGGCAACAGCAAGUUCUCGUGGACAGGCUGCAUGAGCAAGCUGCAACACUUCCACUUCAGCCACAGCAAGCUGUCCGUCUUGAGGUCGGAUUUCUUCCCCAUCCCCAUGAACCAGCUGGUGGUCCUCAAUCUCACCCACAACGAGAUCAUCAAGGUCGAGGCCAACGCCCUGGCCAGGCUCCCCAGGCUCGUGUCUCUGGACCUGUCCCACAACGCCCUGCAAGCCAUAGAGAAUCUGUUCAGCGAUCAGUCAACGAGACUUGAAUUUCUGGAUAUCAGCUAUAACAUGAUCAAGACACUGGGUCCGAAUCUGUUCCGAUCUGUGCCCUCCCUCAAGCGACUCCACGCGGACAACAACCUGAUCGUCAGCUUGAAGCAGAGCGACUGGAAAGAUGUUCCAUCCACCCUCCGGAAUAUAGACCUCAGGGAUAACCCCCUACAUUGCGACUGCGACAUCCGUUGGAUCAACACGACGUUCCACAUCAACGUGGUCCUUCAGGGAGUGUGUGCCUCCCCCGAGGACUACGAGAACUCCCAGCUGAGGAGGGCCUCCAGGCUCCUCAACGAGCGCUGCGACGAGGACGGAAAUAUUGGCACGAGACCCCCCAAGACCAAGUUCAAGCUCUUCUGAAGCCUUGUGUCCAUUCCCCCGAGUUUCAGUAACUGCGUAGAAUAAAGAGUGAAACGGAAAAAACCGAUCAAAACAACGAACAAACCGUUACGAAGUUAGGCUAGAAACAAUAAGAUAAAUUGGCGAAAAAAUGGAUUUAUUCCCGUUAGAAACUGUAGAUUUUUUAAUUGGUAAUAUUCUGCAACUACUUGCCAACCCUAGUAUUAACCACCACGUUCUGGACGCUAUGUCCACUGGUCGUUCUGUCUCUCGGACGUUUUGGAGGUGGACGUUUUGGAUUCGGACAUUCUAUCCGGCUCCCACAUUAUUCAUAUUUCUAACGGACUUUUAAAUAAAACAAGAAACUAUCAAGAUUAAAAGUUCCCUUAAAAGAAAAACGACUUUUGAAAAAAAAAAAAAAAAAAACAUAUACAAUAAUCCUCUAAAUAGGAUUAAAUAUCAUUCUGAUCGUACUACUAGUAUUAAUCAAAUAUGGCGGUAGUAGGAAAGUGAUGGGGAGGGGGGGGGGAGGCUGUCGUGAUUUCAUGUCAGUAUUCAAAAAGGGGCGAAGAGACUGUAAGGUUGCGAACCCCUGCGCUAAGGUUUUUCGGGGUCUUUCUAAGCUUAUGUAUGUUUUUUUUUUGUAUGAACUAUAUGUGAGACACCAUCUGUCAUAUUUGUUGAUUAUUCAUUUAGUUCAAAAUUUAGCUAGAUAUCAGAAAUGUAUUGUUCAUUUUUCACAAGAGGGCACAUCGCCACGCCACCUCGAACGCAUUUUACGCAGGGGUGAUCGGUACGCAAUCCACGCGCUUCUAAAGGAGACAACCAGACAGCCUUAACUUGGGUGCCUUCUUGGGAAAACGGACAACAAUCACCUUUUAAAAAGUGUCAUUUAUCGCAUAUGUACAUUAGACUAAUAAAAUAUUUAUUCUCUUUAUCAAAAA